CACGCCAUCGCUUUUAUUAUUCUGUGGAAAAUCCACAUUUUUCCCUUUUCCGUGCAAAAUAGAGUGUUUCUACGCAAUAUGGCUCUCAAUUUAACUGUGCGCGUCCAUCCGGUGGUGUUGUUCCAGAUAGUUGAUGCGUACGAGCGGAGAAAUGCAGAUUCUCAACGUGUCAUCGGGACUCUUCUAGGCACUGCGGACAAGGGUAUUGUGGAGGUUUCAAACUGUUUCUGCGUUCCCCACAAGGAGCACGACGACCAGGUGGAAGCGGAACUGGGCUAUGCCCACGAAGUGUAUGACCUCAACCGCCGAGUGAACGCCUCUGAGAACAUCGUCGGCUGGUGGGCGACAGGCAAUGAGGUGACGAAUCACAGUUCCGUGAUCCAUGAGUAUUACUCGCGGGAGUGCAACAAUCCCGUCCAUGUGACGGUUGACACUUCCCUCCAGGGCGGCCGGAUGGGCCUCAAGGCAUUCGUUUGUGUCUCCCUGGGCGUGCCCGGUGGGAAGACUGGCAACAUGUUCACCCCCAUCAACAUCGAGAUCACCAGUUAUGCCCCAGAGACUGUUGGUCUGCAGCUGUGCGCCAAGACCAUUGGCGUGUCCAACGCCUCCCGGUCGCGCGCCGUGCAGCCCAUGGUGGACCUCGCCCAGGUGGCGGAGGCGGCCACCAAGCUGCAGGGUUUGCUGGAUCAAGUGCUGACGUACGUGGAGGAUGUGCUGUCGGGCAAGCAACAGGCGGACAACACAGUGGGACGCGCCCUGCUCGACCUCAUCCACUCCGUGCCCAACAUGUCGCCAGAUCAGUUCGCCCAGAUGUUCAAUUCCAACGUGAAGGACCUCCUGAUGGUGGUCACGCUGUCACAGCUCAUCAAGACACAACUGCAACUCAACGAGAAGCUGCCGUUCCUCUGCUCCACCCAGAAUUGAUGAUUCCCUUCAAUAUGCGCGGCAGAAUAAACGCAGUUUGACUACA